AUGGCAAUUAUCUUCAAGGUUCAAAGUGAUUCUAUCCAAAGUGUUAAUAAGAGUGUAAUCAGCAGUAUUUCGUCUAAAAAUAUAGUUGCGUAUAGUGUGAGUGAUGAAUUAGAUGCCGGCAGUCACAUCUAUGUGUGCGAUGUCAUAUCACCCUGGCAAAUAUAUAGUGUGACUAAUACGAAGAACCUUAUAAAAGUCCUGGAAUGGAAUAGCAGUGGAGAACUUUUACUGGCAGGUUAUAACAAUGGACUUGUUGAAAUAUGGUCUACAGAUAAGGUCCUUAAUAUCUGGUAUCAAGUAUAUAAAGUAAAUUUUCAUGGCGAGGACAUAAUAGCCGCAAAUUUCUUUCACAACGGAAAGAGUAUAUUUUUUCACUCUCAAAAGAAAGACUUACCAACAUAUGCUGACAAGUUUGAACGUUUGGAGUAUCGUCCGACGUUGGAACAUUUUGGAAGUGCCCCAGCUGAAGGCGUUGUCGUUAUUACCUCGUCGGGAUUAGUAGGUGCUUUUAUAACUCCACUUAAAAAAUUAAAUGAAACAAAUAACCAUACCAUCGAACUGAAAGGCGUUACUCAAAGUAUAGGUCUUUCUCGCUUUUACGUAUCGUUGUGCAGCAUGUCUCAUUGUUCUAGUGGUAAGCUUAAUGUUGCCCUAACAUACAGUUGUAGACCCAAAAUUGUUUACUGUUUUAAAGUGGCUUUAAAUAUGGAUAAUGACAAUUUGUUUCUAAAAUGUGAAGCUCUUCCUAGUAUAUUCUUUAAUGCUGUUAAUUACAAGCAAAUCUCACACAUGGGUUGGAUUUCUUCAAAUAAGGAAGACGUUCUAUAUAUCGGAUACAAUACUAUAGAGGGGAGUUUGCUCGAGCAAUGGCAUUUAAGCAAGAAACAUCAAGCCGUUCAUAAAUUACUCCAGAAAAAUAAAGGAGAUUUCGUUCAGAGUGAAACGUGGGAAAACAUUGCUAAGGUUCCUUUCGGAAUGGGUAUUGCAAAUGUAUGCAGUUCCAAACUUUUAACACAGACUACACAAAUAUUUGUAAUUUUAAAAGAUAAUACCAUACAAAUUGUUGAACCUGGUUUAAAGAAAGUGGCUUUGGUUAUAUCGGACCGAUUAAUGACUGAAGAUCGGUAUAGUCUCUGCAAAUUUGUGUCAGCAGACAUAACACAUAUGAAUCAAUUACUUGUUCUCUUCGAUAAUUAUGGUCAAAUGUACGCAAUGCAAGUAACAAAUCCGAUAGCAGACAAAAAUUACAAAUUGAACACAUUAUCUUUACAAACAUCGCUGUUGGAGUAUUGUAUAAUAACUGGCGUGGAUGCAAGUGAUAUACUUAUGUUAAAUUUAAGUAACUUGGAAAUACUUAUUGAAAAGCUAACAGAAAAUUUUACGAAACAAUCUACAAUAAUACGUCAUUUCUACUAUUCUAAUUUCUUGUGUAUGAAGAGCAAUAUGUGUAGAAUUCAAUCACGACAACAAGAUUUUGAUAAUUUAAUAAUUUUGCAUACCAUAUCCAUAACUUUCAAAAGUUUACUACGCCCGGCAGAUCUAAGUUGCCAGGAUAAGGGCCCUGGGGAUAAUUUAGCCAUGAUACUGCAGGAUCCUUCUACAGAUAUAGAUAAAGUAUUAUUCAGUUUAGAUGGCAAAGAUUUCGCUGUUGAGCCUAUAACAUUACAAAGUUUACAGCAACUCAUACAAUGGGUAUCUGAUUUGGCAUUAAAUAUUCUGAAAAAGCUUCCGAAUGAAGUUAUUAAAGCGAAGAUGAGUAAAAAACAAGGGUAUGACAUAAGCAGAGACAGCGUAGCUAUUAGUAGCAUAAGAGAGCUUUUGGUAAUGACGCGAAUAUGGGGUCUCUUAAAUCCACAAUGCUUACCCACAUAUACAAAGUCGGUCGAAAACAUUGAUGUUUUAGCUACCUUAUUUAGACUUCUAACCCGUUUGGCACAAAAUACUGCAGAACCUGAUGACUUUUUAUUAGAUGAAUGUAGUCUUUUAUCUACUCAAGUCCUCAUUCCUCAAAAACAGUUUAAUAAUCCAGCUACAUUAUUAAAUAAUCAUUUAUCACUUUAUAAAUCAUAUCCAUUUAUAUUUGUGGCAUCGACGGAGCCAAGUUGGUUGAAGGAUGUCAGUUAUGAAGAAGUUGUAUUUAUUAACGAUAUGAAAGAUGGUGUCAGUAAUUUGCACUUAGGAGCAAAAGUAAAUGCACUUAGACAUUGCAUAAGAUGUGGAUUGAUAAAUAGUUUACAAAAUGUAUCUAAAACAUCUGCUAUGAAAGCGUGGUGUCAAAGGUGGCUAUACUGCCAUUGUGGGGGUUAUUGGAAAAAAAUGUAAACAAUAAAUUGAAAGUUGAAUAAAAGAAUUUAUUAUUGACAAAAUUAAAAGUUGUUAUCUAUGUACCGAAUAAGAAA